CGAUGCAGGAGCUUCACAGAGAGAGCUUGCUUGCUUCCUUCCUCGUGUUUGCCAGCUUCUCCGUUUGCGCAACGCUUCCGUCCUCUCUUUUUGCGACACGACCGACGGCGCAUCAUCCCUCCGACAACCAUCAACCCCACCCAUGGCGAUAUUUCCUUAUCAAUUCAAUUAAUUCUCGACUCUCGUUCUUAUCGCUGCAGCAUCAUCACCAUCGAUACUAAACCGCAACGGUUCUCCGGUCCAGCAGAACCAAUCGCGCCGGUCAGUUCCAUCCAUCAUUUCCAAUUGCGCCAAUCAAUUGCCUUGAUAGCUUCUAAUAUCCUCAAUCCGUCACAAAUGGCCGACAGCUUCGACGAGGUCAUUGUCGAAGAGACCCUGGCCACCCAGCAGACUGGCGACGUCGAGAUGACCGAGGAAGGCGAUGCGCCUGCCGCUGCCACCGAAACUCCUGCCGCUGCCGGCAGCACCGAGAAUGCCGAUUUGCCUUUUGCUGAGGGCGAUCCCGACGACACCCCGGCGCCGCGCAUUACCUUUUCGCAGUACCUGAGGAGCCCCGUCGUCACUCUGUUAAUCGGUAGCAACGAUGAAGAGACCAUCCUGACGGCUCAUCAGGGGCUGUUGACCCAGAGCCCAUACUUUGCCGAUCGCAUCGCCGAGUUUGCCGAUGAUGGCAGCCCCCGCCAGAUUGAGCUUCCCAACGAAGACCUCGACGCCAUGGGUUGCUUCCUCGAGUUCCUCUACACGGGCGACUACUUCCCCAAGAAGAUCGCCGGCCAGCGCAGCCUGGAGAAGGACGCCUCGAUCCCCGACGUGGACUACACCGGGGAGCAGCUCCUCAAGCACGCCAAGGUUUACACUCUGGCCGAGAAGUUUGGCCUCAACAACCUCAAGAACUUGGCGUCGAGCAAGAUUCACUGCGUCAACUCCACCGCCAAGGGCGAGAUCGCCUACGCGCGGUACGUCUACGAGUUCACGGCCAAGGACGACACGAGCAUCCGCGCUCCUGUUGCCAACUUUUGGGCCACGAGAUCGCACACGCUGCGUGCCGAGGCCGAGGACGAGUUCAGGAACUUGUGCUUGGAGUUUCCUCGGUUUGGUUACGAUGUUCUUACCCGCGUCUUGGACGAGAAGCUCAAGCGGGAGCGCAACGAGAAAAUGCACCCCGCUGCCGGGAGCGGGAGGAAAAGACCUCGUCACAGCAGCGCCACCAAUGCUUAAGGUUGUCUGUUGAGAUAAGGAAGGGAGACGGAGGAGGAUAAUGGAUACCCAUCAUUAUAGCCAUGACCACCACUACCACCACAAGGGAGGGAGGGAGGGGAAUGGUUGUUGGAAAAGCAAGGCAGCGACGGCGUUUUUGCAGGAUUUUUGUUAACCUCUUUUGCUUCAUUGGGGCUUAUACCACAGCUAUGCUUGACUUACGGAAGAAAAGAAACCAAGCGGGAGACGGACAUGACUUUUUUUGUAUCAUGUACCGAAAUGUAAGUUAUUUUUCUUGUCCUAGCUUUAGAUUCUUGUCCUGGCGGGAGGAGGAUUUCCUUGAAGUGGUGAUAAUUUAGGUACAUAGUGGAAAAGAGGAGUUAUACUGAAUAAAAAGCAGAUUAAUAACAGUUCAAUCUAGAUGGCGAUAUCCU